GGUAACCUUCUCUGAUAAGUUGUAAAGCUGUCUUGGUGUCCAAAGCAUACAUCAGAUUUAAUUAGAAGUGAGCCCAGACAUUAUCGCUUUUCAUAUACUGUAGAAUUAAAUGAUGUGAAGGGAAGUUAUAUGCUUUUCCAAUGUUUUAUAUGUUUAGGCUUCUUUGGCUGUUGGAGAAUGUCACCAAGCCUGACAGCUCGCUUAGUUACCCAGAAACGAAACUGAAAGGAUUCGAUGUGCAUUGCGCAAGUCUAAAGUGCGAUUUGUUCGACUCGAAGAAAAGACUUGAAGAAGCCAAUCCUUAAGUGUUCUAAACUAUCCCCCAAGAUGUCUGAUGAGCAAUUACAGAAAUUCUCCGUGGUGACUACAAAUGGUGAUGUGCCUGGAGUCAAUCCUUUGGAUCAGGUCUUGCAAGAAAUUGAAAGGCAAAAGGCGACCUAUGAGAAGCUGCUGGCGGACCACAGGGAGCUGUCUAAAGAUACGGAUCAGAAUGUGGAACUAACCAAGCGGUUUCAGAAGCGCAGUGCCAUACUUAGGCAGAUACUAACGGAGGAUGAGAUGGAACAAGCGCAGGGUCUGGAAUUGUACAAGGAGGACACUAGGCUGUGUGCCCUGCAGGAGACUGAAGGCAGGCUGAAGGAGGAGAUACAGAAGAUGAAGGAGGAGCUGUGUUGCAUGGACAAGCUUACCCAUGAACUUGGGAAGCAGACACAGGUGUCCACAGCAAUGCCUGAAAAGAGAGUUGUUUUCACUGGCAGCGUCUCUGUGGCAGAAGCCAGUGCUGGGACCAGUAGCAGUAUUGACAUGAAUGUUCGAAUCAUGUACCCCAUGGAGGGUGGGACAGCACUCGUCACUUUCGAAGAUGCGGAAGUGGCUCAGAGUAUUAUCAGCAUGGAGCAGCAUGAGAUUCGCUUGGGGGACUGUUUCAUUAGAGUGAAGGCCCAGCCUGUGCAGUUCCUGAUGCCCAGCCACAUAGAGGUCGACACCCGUGUGUGCCCCAGACGCAUCUUGCUCUCGGAUCUACCAAAGAAGGUGGAGAUGAAGCGACUGCUGGACAGGUUGGAGAUCCACUUCCAGAAGGGUCGGAAUGGGGGCGGUGAGGUCGAGACCAUCGACCUCCUGCGUGACUCUGGGAAUGUGGUCAUCACUUUUGCAGAGGACAAUGUGGCAAAGGGCUUGACAGACAAAAAGUACCACGUGGUGGAUAAUAUGUACAAACUGAGAGUAACACCGUUUGUCAAUGGGGAGAUCACAAAUCUACAGACGCGGAUGUCAGUGUCCCAGCGUACCGUGCUGCUCACAGAGAUCCCUGACAUCAUGGAGCAGGAGAACAUGCAGGACAGCCUAGAGAUCCACUUCCAGAAGGGAGGCAAUGGUGGAGGGGAGGUGGACGCCUUCAUCUACAACCCCCUGGGCCACAGAACCCUGGCCAUUUUUGAGGAGGACUCUCCCAGGAAGAAAUAGAAGAGUUGAGAAAUGAGCAACAGGCGCACCCCUCACAACCUGUUGUGACCGUCUUCCACCCCCUCCAUGUUCUGCAGUCCACCCCACCCAGUACACCCCUGAACUCCUGUCUAGCCUGCUGUAUUCCUCUCUGCUGAUCUGUGACCAAGGCUGGAAUUACACCAGAAAUGGAGUAUUCGCGUAGCAGAAAUGAAGCUUCCAAAAAAUACGCUUUCUACGCACACACUACAGCCUAUGAAACCGCUAUAAUCCAAGCUAAGCACUGUGAAUGCAGUGCGUCUGCUAAAAUUCCAGCCUAGUCUUAGUCCGAAUGGUGUAAUCGUGUACCGAAUAAGAAUAAAUUGCAAACUCAUGCCAUUGGAUACAACUUAGAAAAUAACGAUGACAAUGAAUGAAAUUACUUUGAAAGGCGAGCUCACAUUUUGCCAAAACAGGCUAGACGUUGUGACAGAGUACAUGAGCAUGAUGUUCUUCAUCUGUGGCAGUCAAUGGUCGGUCUUAAUGGUCAUCCACAGUACUGCACAUUGGUAUGAAUGCUUCUGUUUCUACCAUACACCUUUGAAGUGAUGCUUUUCUUGGUGAACAUUAUUUUCUAUUGAGUACCAAGUGAGGAAGAAUGUUGAUCUAUAUGAUGUUGAUACAUGAAAUUAUUGCUGUAAUUAAAAUGAUUCAACUGCUA